AUCCUUUUUCCUUGCCUAUCGACUUGAUAUCAUUGACAACAAGUCUUCAGAGGAUCGAGACUCCAUUUACGGUCAAUUCCUGGCCUACAUCGAAUCUUUCCUGCAGCUAUCAGACCUGAAGAUCCUAAGGCUCAACACCUGCUGUGAGGAAACCAAGUCUUUGUCUAAACUAGAUUGUGGCCCUCUUAAAGUCAAAUAGUUGGUUUUUAUCUCCAUUAUUCUGUUCAGCUGGCUUUUGCGUCUUGCUGCCUGGCUCUUUAUCGGCAUAUCUCCUUGUCGUUGUGGCAGGGUCCCUGGGGGAUUCGCCUGCUUUCAUUUGAGAUACGCCACUUGUGUUCAUCUCUACUACAACCCUACCGCCUUAUUUGCAUUUCCGGGGUAGAGAUUAUUAUACAUCUUCUUCGUUCUCCGACUCCUUUGGCGCAAGGGCUAUCUUCUUAACCCCUCUUUCCUCGUCUCCAUUUUUUAUCAAAAUGGCACCAGCAGGACAGACAACCUAUCAGAAAGAUGAAAGGGUCCUUUGCUUUCAUCAUGAGAUCCUCUAUGAGGCCAAGAUCCUCGACCUCAGACACACAAAUGCUGAGGACAGGAAAAGCCCGUAUGAGUAUCUAGUCCAUUACAAAGGCUGGAAGAACACAUGGGAUGAUUGGGUUCCUCAAGAUCGACUUCGUAAAUUUACGGAGGAGAAUAGAGAGUUGGCAACUACCCUUCGUCGGGAAGCUGAGGCUGUUUUUCGCCAAAAGAAUAGCAAAGCCUCUGUGAAAAAGAGGGGAGGUUCCGACCGCAGUUCCGCCCGGGAUAGUGAGGAGCGGCAGACCUCUGUUCCUGGCCGUGGAACUAAGAGAGCUAGAGAUAACGAUAUUGAGAAGGAGGACAAUUUCUAUGUGCGACCUUCAGUCAGAAUUGUGAUGCCAGACAAUCUCAAGUCGCUUCUGGUGGACGACUGGGAAAAUGUCACUAAAAACCAACAGGUUGUGGCGUUGCCGGCCAAGUGCUCGGUUAACAGAAUUUUAGAUGACUAUUUGCAGGAAGAGAAGCCGAAGCGCACAGGCUCGGCCGAUCUAGAUGUCCUUGAAGAAGUAAUCAUGGGCGUGCGCGAGUAUUUUGAUAAAUCACUUGACAAGAUUCUCCUGUACCGGUUUGAACGUGAACAGUAUCGCGUUCUUCGUAAGAGAUGGGAAGCUGCGUCCGGUGAUUUCGCCGACAAGGGACCCCUUGACAUCUACGGUGCUGAGCAUCUGACCAGACUCUUUGCUACCAUGCCCGAACUCAUCGCGCAGACAAAUAUGGAUCUCCAAUCCACCAACAGACUUCGGGAAGAGCUCUCCAAGUUCACACUCUGGCUGAGCAAGAACUCUAACAAGUACUUUGCCACUAAAUAUAUGACUGCAACUAACGAAUACGUUGAGAAGUCUCGGGGAGUCCCUAAUCCGACUCCUGGGACUGCGACCUCGCGUUUGGUAUAAGUUGCUACGGAGUAGCUUGUGCCUCCCUUUUUGUACUGUUUCUUAAUCAGCUUCUUUCUUCUUUACCUGAUUCAUUAUUAUCUUGAUUAGUCUCCGGAAAAGUGCAGACAACGCAACAAGGAUGAGACUGUUUCACGCACUUUAUGGGUAUCGAUGACUUAUCCUGUAACAUUAUAACUAUUAGAACGAGCGAGGUUCUGGGAAUGCGGUGUCUUACCUUUGUAUUUCUUGCUCUCUCUGUCUCUCUUUCUACAUUAUUGGCAAUGAAGCUGGAAGGGAAAAAAAAAAAGAAAAAGGAUACAAAAAAAAAAAUGAGAAUAUUUAAACAUUCUAUCAUCGAGUUCCAUCCAAUCAAAAUAAUCACGACAUUUACAUCAGAGAAUUAUAUAGAGUUUGGCCAAUAAUUCCGUCUACGAAAAGAAUUCGUGUGGUGGCGGAAGAGAAGCAAAGAGCUGAAAAAAGAC